AUGUCCAACCUGACAAUGCUUUCUGAAUUCGUACUCCUGGGACUGUCUUCCAGGCCUGAGGACCAGAAGCCACUCUUUGCCCUCUUUCUCAUCAUAUACUUGGUCACCGUGUUAGGAAAUCUGCUCAUAAUCUUGGCUAUCCACUCUCAUCCUCAACUCCAAAACCCCAUGUACUUCUUCCUAAGCAUCUUGUCCUCUGCUGAUAUUUGCUACACAAAUGUCAUAAUCCCCAAGAUGCUGGUUAACUUCUUGUCAGAGAAAAAGACCAUUUCCUAUGCUGAGUGCCUGACACAGAUGCAUUUCUUCCUGGUCUUUGGAAACGUGGACAGUUAUCUCCUGGCAGCUAUGGCCAUUGACCGCUAUGUGGCCAUUUGCAAUCCCUUCCAUUAUGUCACUGUUAUGAACCGCGGACGCUGUUUGUUGCUCCUGGUCUUCUCCAUCACUUUCUCCUAUCUUCAUUCCCUCCUGCAUGUCCUUCUGGCGAGUCAGCUCACCUUCUGUGCGUCAAAUGUUAUCCAUCACCUUUUUUGUGAUGUCAACCCCGUUCUCAAACUGUCCUGUUCUUCUACCUUUGUCAAUGAAGUUCUGGUCAUGACAGAAGGCCUGGCCUCUGUGAUGGCUCCAUUUGUCUGUAUCGUCAUGUCCUACCUGGGAAUCCUCGCUGUUAUUCUCAGGAUUCCCUCGGCUGCUGGAAAACACAAAGCCUUCUCCACCUGCAGCUCCCAUCUCACUGUGGUGAUCCUGUUUUACGGGAGUAUCAGCUAUGUUUACUUUAAGCCUUUGUCUAACUACAGUGUCAAGGACCGGAUAGCAACCGUCAUCUACACUGUGUUAACAUCAAUGUUGGACCCAUUUAUCUACAGUUUAAGAAACAAAGACAUGAAACACGGCUUAAGGAAAUUGAUGAAUAUUAAGUUUCAAAUGAAGAACUUGUCUUCUAUAAACAUCAAUAAAAUCCAUGGACCGUGA